UGCUCAGAACUCCACAGGCUGCUGUAGCGUAUCGCACACCGAGCCGAUACCCUUCGCAGGGAAACAAUAGUGCUGCUGCUGCUGCUGCUGCUGGCUGCGUCCGUGAGAGAGAGAAUCCGUCAGAAAGCCCUGAACGAACGCGAACCGCGCACCGAACUGAACGGAUCGACCGAAAAGCUGUUUCUCGGUUCCCGAGACGGGUACAUACGCGUUGUUCCUUAACCGGCUCCCACGGUUUCACCCUUUACGCGUCCCUCUACGGGCCAACACGCGCACCGAGGAAAAUAGAGAAAAUAAGGGACACGUUUUCCCGGAAUUUUCGCCCAUUCAUCCAUCCGCUUCCGUCGUCCCGCGGCCUUUCGCCUAGGCCUGACAAGUAGUUCCUCGGGCUUUCGUUGAUCGAUUUUCGUCCCCAUUCAUUUGUCUUCUCGUUCGUCGGGUGUCGUUAGGGGCCAGGCUAGGUGACGGAGCGGUUAGUGUGUCCGUCGGUGGUCACGAUGUUCUCGUGGUCGUGGAAAGUGCGAGAAAAGUGAGAGGCAGUGUGCUUUUAAACAGUUGACGUCAAGUGCCUACCGUGCACGCAGUCAAUCACGGCCGAACGACGCGAGGAGGGAUGACGAUGGUACUAUCAGGAGGGAACCAGCUGCAGCUUCCUUGAUCCACGAAUAUUGUCAUCGAAACAUCCUCGUUUGGCCUAACACCGGAUAUCAGGUAGAGUGAUAUGUUAACCGAAGACAAUGACCCAACGAAACCAGCAGGGGUUUUAGACAAUGCUGGCAACGUGUCUUCGUCGACAGAGGCCUCGGUACAACACCCUCGAAUUGCAAACAAUGAGACAGAGGUCAAGAACGAGGUACAGGACUGCCCUGAGAAUGACAGCAUCCCCCCCAGUGGAGAAUUGUAUAUCGAUGAGAAUGCGGAGGAAAAGGAGCAAGAGUAUCCGGAUUCCAUGGAGAAGGCGGACUACAGUUCAUUGUACGGAGCCAAUCAAUAUUAUAACAGCUUGUAUAAUUCGCCUCCCUAUGGAUCAGCGACGACCGGAAAGAACACCGCGGCUUUACAAAGCUCUUAUUUGACCUCCUACACCACGCCAAGCUCUAUGACUCAAUACUCUUCUUACGCCACGUACAACAGUGGCACGGCGAAUUUUUCAAACGUAGCCCAAAAUAUAUCGUCGUCUUCUCAGAAGUUGGAUUACAGCGCCUAUAGCAGCAGUUUGUAUGGCAAUGACAGGGUACCACUACAGUAUUCCGGAUAUUACCCCAUGCACGGUUAUCACACGACACCCGCUUCAUUUAACAUCGGAAAUCUGAAUUUUGCAGAUUCGACCAAGUCUGCACUCACGUUAGACGCAACCACUCACGAUGCCAGCGAUCUUACCGCACGAGAAACCACAAACAUCGAAGGUAACACGAUUCGGGCGACGGCGAAACCUUGCAGGCGCGGAAGACGGCAAAGCGGAAGUGGAAACAGUAUAGGUUCUGCGGACACGACGGAAGCCGGUCCUCAUCGGAUAUUCAUCUGGGACCUUGACGAAACCAUAGUUGUGUUUCACUCGUUGCUCAAUGGACAAUUUGCACGAAAGCACCGUAAGGAUCCCACCCUUUUGGCCCAAGUGGCGUACAGGAUGGAGGAAAUGAUAUUUAACUUGGCCGAUACUCAUUUCUUUUUCAAUGACGUGGAGGAUUGUGACCAAGUUCAUAUUGAUGAUGUAUCGUCGGACGAUAACGGGCAGGACCUGUCUUCUUAUAACUUCGCUACUGAUGGUUUUCGAUGCGCAUCCGCUAACAAUGGUAUAUGUUUGGCUUCCGGCGUUAGAGGUGGUGUCGAUUGGAUGCGAAAACUAGCUUUCCGAUAUCGUAAAAUAAAAGAAAUCUACAGCAAUUACCGGAAUAACGUCGGUGGCCUAUUAGGCGCAGCGAAACAGGAGCAGUGGUUGCAAUUACGAUCGGAGAUAGAAGUGCUUACUGACAACUGGCUGACAUCGGCCGUAAAAUGUUUAAGUCUCAUCAAUAAGAGAAGUCACUGCAUUAACGUCUUAGUCACCACCACGCAACUAGUUCCAGCCCUAUCGAAAGUUCUACUUUUUGGAAUCGGUGGAAUAUUUCCGAUUGAAAAUAUUUAUUCUGCCUCGAAAAUCGGGAAAGAAAGCUGCUUUGGAAGAGUGAUUGCAAGAUUCGGCCGAAGUUGCACGUAUGUGGUAAUAGGGGAUGAAUCUGACGAAGAAACGGCAGCGCGUGCGCACAACUUUCCAUUCUGGAGAAUAAACAGCCACUCAGACACACAAUCUCUUUAUAUCGCCUUAGAAAUGGGAUUCCUAUAACCAGAAUAAUUCAGAAAAAAAUAUCCAAUCGAAAGACACUUUAGUUAUACAGAGUACAUCUAUUAGAAUAUUCUUUAUGUUGUUGAUGAAAGAGUGUAAGUAGGAUGCUUUUAUCGAACAUUUUAAUAUUUCUACUAUUUAUCGAUUAUAAUACUUGAAUCGAGGAUCAGUCAUUCCUCUAAAAUUACCGUAUAUGGUUACCAGGUAAGGCUAUUGGUCGAUCAUUAAAUUUGACCGAUCAGAGCAGGGUCCACAAGUGUUAUAUAAUCCAAAAAAAGAAAAUCGAAAGAACGUGUUUGAGAAUUAAAGAUUUAUACAUAGUACGAAUAUCCCUUAUCGAUUCAUGCACGUUUUCGAUUAUAUGUUCGACCUAAACAUUGAUUCGUUCAAAACUAUACGUAUCUUUUAUGUACUUAAACGCAUUUUCUGCUUCCCAAAAAUAUAGAGAAAUACAGAAUUGGUCAGGAAAAAUUAUUUACAAUUUACAAGCGAAAUAAUAUUACACACAUUUGCAUUAGCUGUAAUAUUUGAACAGACCUAUAUAUUUCUGAAUUUUUUAAAAGAAUUUGAUAUAAAUAUUGUGUACAGUUUGGUCCAAUUAUUUCAUUACAAUGUAAUCCCAGUAAACAUAAUGAAAUAUAGUAAAAAAGGUACUUUCUGAUCGGUAAUUGGUAAAAGUAGUAGUUACAUUUUUUCAUUAGUUCUAAUACACAAAGUUUUGACUGAAAUAUUGUGAAUUUUUAACAUUUAUUUGUUUGUAUCGUAUAUUAAUAAGAAUAUUUAGCUACAUAUAUUUUUUGAAUCAUUCAUAUCAUAGUGGUUGGAAAAUAUCUCUGAAAUUUCAACUGCUUUGAAUUAUAUUAACAGAAGUAGUGAGUUAAAAUAGGAUGUGAGUGUCAUUCAAAUUUAAAAUUCUAUAAGAGCACUAGGGGUGCAUAAAUAAUAUUUUCAAAGUGUAUGAGAGGAGGUUGUGUAAUUAAAAUUUUAAUUGAUAAAAUGAAGAGAUAAGAAUAGUAAAUGAUAACCAAAGUUAACGUUGAAUAACUGUAAAAUCAAUUUUAUAUAAGUUUUUUUAAAUGUAUCGUAUAUUCAGUUAGAAAAUAUUUGUGGAAAACAAUCAAGUAAAAUAUAUUCAAACUUUGUACAUGUUAUAUAUUAGAACAAAAGAAUUCGUUCUCUUUUUCUUAGAAUAUGAAACUGUCUUUUGGUAGUUUACAGUGUUUUACAUUUCUAUAUUUAUUUAUGUAUUCAUUUUAUAUUCACAUUUCUUACUUUUUUAUGCUUUCAAAAUUAUAGCACUGUAGCGCAGGUAUAUAAUAUCUGAGAAUUAUUGGUUAAAUAAAUUAUAAGAACUACUGGAAAAUCUUAAAAGCACAAAAUCUGCACAAGUCUUUAUAUAAUUAUUAUUAAAGAUUACAUACUGACUGUAUAAAUACAAUUUUAACUAUACAACAAUACAUUUUUAAACUAUUUUGACUAUUAUUCAGAGAUUUAGGCGAGUGAAAUUACAGAAAAGGUCAAAUUAUGUUGUAUAAUAGAAUUAAAAUAUUCAAAUUAAUUUUGAAAAUAUAUAUAUUGAUAAUUAACAUUUAAUUUUCAUAUAUAUUUCACUUUUUCUUAUAUUUCAUUCUUGUAGAAAAUUUACUUUUCAAAUAUAAAUAUAUAUAUCUUAAAUUAAUAUUAAAUCACAAAGGUCAGAUGUGAUAUAAUAAGUAUUAAACUAGAUAAAAACAUUUUAAACAAAAGUUUGAAUCAUUAUUGCAAGAACUGUAAUUUUUUGUUUCAAUUUAAGCACUUUUACUUGGGUUUAUAAGCAUUCCGUUGUUUAUAUAUUAAAUUUUACAUUAAACGCACAGCAAUGUGACUUUUAUUUCAAUGUGUGUAUAAUUUUAGUACAAUCUAAGGAAUUGUAUUACGUAAACUGUGCCUAUUGAAAUUAUAUAUUUUUAUAUAUAACUGUUAUUUUAAUUCCAUCAUCAGGCUUUUAAGUACAAUGAUCAAUAUGGUAUUGUACAACAAUAUAACAAUGCAAUUCUAUAAUAAUAUUAUGUGCAUAUAUGUUUAUAUCUGUUUAUGCUUUCCAAAUCGAGUAAAUGACAAUACUUUGCGGUGUGUAAUUCAUUUCCGUAGUUUAUCGAAAUUCUGUUAAAAAAAGUUCGUUAUACAUGUACAUCCUUUGUUAUACAAAUGUUUUUACUAAAUAGUGUCAAAAAUAACUUAUAAUAUGCUUUCAAAUGCUACAAAUUUUCAAUAAAAAUCAUUUUGUUUGUUUACA